AUGGAUGAAUAUAAAGAAGCUGAAAUUGAUUUUUUAUCAAAAAAUGAAGUUAGUAGUAGUAAGAGCGGUGAUCAAAAUAUCGAUAUAUCGUAUGAUACUGCAAUAUUUCAUUUUAUGGAAUCAUUUAAUCAACAAAAUCUACAAGAAUGUUUAGAAAUAAUACAUAUAAUUCUUCAAGCUAUGGCUAAUAUUCAUGAAAAUGAUAUAAGUUGCUUUAUAACUUCAGGAGUUAUGGUACAAUUUUUUGAUGUCCUCGAAUGGGAUAUAGAUGUUCAUAAUCAAACAUAUGAACUUAUACUAUGUGUUAUACAAGUUAUAGAAAAGCUCAUUUCUUUUACUAAUUUUCAGUUUGCCCAUUCAUUAAUUUAUCAUGAUAUAAUAACACAUCUUGUUUCAAUAAUUGCAAAGCAUGAUUACAAGACAAUCGUUCCGUGUCUCAAAUGCUUACGUUCUCUCAUUCAAGCAGACUGUUCUCAUGCAGUUCCUGUCUUAUUAAACGUUGCUCCAAUAGAAUUUUACAGUGAAAUACUACAAAGCGAUGCUGAUACGAUACCUGAACAAUCUGUACAAGAAAUAAUUAAUCUUUUAUAUGAUAUGUUAAAUUCUGGAUUUUUAACAGUUGAUGUGCCUCAAUUUCAUGAUAUUUAUACAAACGAAGAACAAGAAAAUAAUGAAGAACAACCUCCACAACCAAAUCCUCAAGAAAACGUACAACAAGAAGAAAAUCAAGAAAUUCAAGAAGAAGAUUUACCUGUUGAAGUGUUAGAACAACUUCCUCCUAAGCCGCAAUUUGUUCCUAAGUCAGUGCACAAGCUAGAUGUUAUGGAAGAAGAGAAAAGAAUUAAAGAAAAAUUUAGUUCAUCAGAUGAUGAAGUUAAAGAUGAUUCUAGUGCAUCAGGAGAUGGAGAAAUAGAUGAACCUGUUGAUAUAUCCAUUCAACCUAUUCAAUUACCUCCAAAACCUGCUGAAAAUGAAGAUAUAAUUAAAUCUUUCUUUGAAUUAUUCGAAGAAAUAUUCUCUCUUAAAGAGGAUAACUACAAAUUAAUUGCUCUUCAAGGAUUCAAGAGUCUUUUCCACAGAGAUCCAAGGUUUUGGUCAGAUAAAAUUUUUGAUGUGAUGUUGGAAGGGAAAUUCUACAACGAACUUUCUUCCCCAAGCUAUAGAGUUCGUAACGCAUCCAUUAAGCUCUUAAUAACUAUAUUUAAACGUAGAAAAACAAAUGGACCUUUAUCUACCAAAAUUGUGGUCGAUAACCUACUUGUUCCUGAGGAUAAUCCUGAAGACCAAAGUGAAAACUGGCCAAAGAACUCGAUUGCAAGCGAUACAACGAAAUUAAUUAAAACAAUGAUUGAAAAUGAUCCAAAAAAGAGGAAGAAUUUCAUCAACGAUGGAUAUUAUGAUAUCCUGAAUGAAGUAUUAGGUAAAUCCUCAUUCGCACUUAAGAAAUUGUUGCUAAUUUCUUUAGUUGAUGUUACAAAUUCAUACAGAGAUGAUAAAACAUAUAUUAUUCGAAAAGCUUUUGAAAGUGGAAUGAAGCCUUACUUUAUUGAAGCACUCCAAUUGCCAGAACAGCGAUAUGCGGCUCUUUCAGCAGAAUUACUCAUGAGAAUGAUAUAUGCAUACAACACUUAUGCUGAAAAUGUUGUUACUAAGAGUUUUACUGAUGAAGAUCGUACAAUUAUCAUUGAUUUGAUUAAUGACGACGAAUUAUCAGAUGAUUAUGUUGAAAUGCUUAUUAAACUAAACAAUCUGAUAGGUGGAGAUGGUGAAUCAUCAGAUUCGGAUAGUGGCACCGGAAUGUUUAACUUUUAG